UAAAGAGUUUAACCACGCCCCCUUCACAUUAUUAGAAUUCUUAUUCAUCAGAACACCGUUCUAAUUAAUUGACAUUAGAUUUAGUAGCUUUAAAGGGAAAAAGUGAAUUGCAAAAAUGAACGUAAUAAAACGUACAAGAUUUAUUCUAUCUUUAUAAAAUAACUGAUAAACACAUUAAAAUUAAGAGGAUUAAAUUCUUGCAGCUUGUUUGGAUACGCUUCAGAAAGUAUUUUUGCUUUAUUCAAUGAGGAUUUAGAUCUAGUCUUGGAGCUCUUCUACACGAAGCAUACUUUUGUCUAACCAAUCGUGUAAUCAAAGCGUUGUUGUUGAUACCUCAUUUCCGACAAUAUUUAACAUGGCUGAGGCCAAUACGAAUAGUAAAAUUGGAAUACUUGCUAAAGCACAGAAACAACUUUCAAGAACUAAAACAAAGGUGUUACAGAAUUUGGGCAAGGCCGAGAAGACGACAGACGAUGUGUUUAAAGACUACGUUGUUAAGACCGAACGACAACAGGAGGUGGCUCAACAUUUACAGAAAGAGCUGAAAACCUAUGCUCAUUGUGUGAAAGAUUUAAGCUUUGCAUGUAAAAAUGUACAGCAGGCAUUCGCAGAAACAUAUGAAUCAGAGUGGACAGGUGAACCAAAGUUUAAAUCUCAGAUACAGGCCUUUGAAUUAUUAUGGAAUGACUACUUACAGAAUCUACAAGACAAUGUGAUCAACCCAAUGAAUGCCUACCUUCUGUCUUUCCCAGUCCUUAAAAACAAAAUCUCUAAGCGAGGUAGAAAGAUGGUAGACUAUGACAACUCUCGGCAUAAUUUAGAAGUCUUACAGUCAGCAAAGAAACGAGAUGAAACAAAAAUUCAAAAGGCUCAAGAUGAACUGAAAGAUGUCAAACGUAUAUUUGAUGAAUUAAAUAAUGAAUUACACAAUGAACUGCCAGAUUUUUACAAUAGUCGAGUCACAUUCUAUGCAGAAUUAUAUUCAAAGUUUUUUGGUGCUGAGAAUACUCUACACUCUGAAGUAGGGAAGACUUGUGAAUCUAUAACAGACAUUGCCCAGAGUCUCGGCAAAGAUUUUGAACACUUUAAGUACCAGCCUAAAAGACCUAUAUCUGUAACUGAUGGCAGUGUCAAUGGAGAGACCCCAGUUGCAACCUCCCCCAGUAUAAGGUCAUCCACUUCUAUCAAUCAAUCCACCCAGAAAGAGCCGAUGUAUAGUAAUCAAGAGCAGAUACAGUUACAGCAGGUUCAAGCUAGAGUGUCCUGCGUCAGCCUGGAAACCACAUGUAGCCAGCAGUCCAAUGCCAGCGUCUCCUCUGAUUCACACAUGUCCGACAAGUCUGAGAGUUUAAAGGAAGGUAAUAAAUACUUCAGCAGAUGGAAAGAAAGAUUUUGUUUGAAGAAAUACAAACAGCCCAUUGUGCUUCCUGAAAGCAAUGACCUUAAAGUUGAACAGAAGCAGCUCAGUAACAUGAUGGUUAAGGAGACGAUUCCAACUGUUAGUAAAGUUCAAGGUGUAAAAUCAUUUUAUGAAAAAUUACUUGAAGGGAAAGAUGAUGCAAAAUGUGAGAAAAGAAAGACUGCUUCAUUACCUGAUUAUCUGAAGGAAGAUAAAAACAAUGAGCCUGGAAUUACAAAGCCAGCAUCUACAGGCAAAUUAGGAACUGUUGAAAAAAUGAGAAAUGCUGUUGAGUUGACUGAAGGGAAAACAAAAUCUGCACUGUCUCAUGUUUCAUUUUGUAUCUCCAAAGACAGUGAACAUUUUGAAAGCAAAGUAGAGAACUUGAAGCCUUCAGCAACUGUUAAUACAAGUCUUGGAGAUAAUAGGUUGCUGGGAAAGAAUAAUGACCAUUGUUCUGUUAAUGAUGGUGUUACCUCUCUGAACUCUGACCCUGGCUCUGAUGAUGACUUACAUAUGAAACAUUUGGUCGAGAGUAUAAAAGAUAUUAAAGUGCCAGAUACUAAGGAAAGCUUCACAGAUUACAGUCAUCUAAAAUUAAAACCUAAGCUGAUUCGAAUCACAGAUCUUGACGAUGAUGAGGUUGACAAAGCUAGUUAUAUUGUUCCUUUGGAUGAAAUAGCCAAAAAACAAUUGCUUGGGAAAAAGUCAUCCCAUUGUAAGACAGCUUGCCCCUCCAGCAUUGAAGAAAUAGAGCCAGAGAUAGAGGCAAAGGUAUUGUUUCAGGAACAGAGUGCAAGCUCAUCUUCUACUGCUAUGGGAGUAAACCUUCAGCUGCUCUCUGGCGUGAGGAGGAAUGAUAGCAUCAAGUGGAAAAAUGAAAAGCAUACAUGGCCUGACAAAGAAGCAUGUCCCGUUUCAAGUGUUGAGGCUGUUGAGCAGGCUGCCUGCUGUGGAACAGACUUUCAUAGGAUUGCUUCUGUUUCAGAACUAGGCACGCUGCCAACAAUUCAAGAACAUGUAGCUCUUGAGAAACAGCCGUCACAUGAGGACACACAUUGCAAAUCUGUAGCAGAUGGGAGAAAGGAGUUUUAUCAGGUCGCAUUUGUUGAAAGCUUAUCUUCUGUUGAAGAUGAAUCUGAAACAAAGUUAAUUGUAAUACAGACAAGUCAAUUAGAUGAUGAAGCUAUAUCUUACCAAGAGAUGACACAUGCUAAGCAACCAAUUAAAUCUUUGAAAACUAAAUUAGAUAAUGAAGCAGAAGUUCAAUCCUGUCAGGAUAAGACACAUGCGAGACUGGUUCAACCUAUUGAUAAGACACAUGCAAGACAACUGGUUCAACCUAUUGAUAAGACACAUGCAAGACAACUGGUUCAACCUAUUGUUAAGACAAAACCAGCAGAUGAUGAUAGUCCUCUAUUCAACCCUAAUAAACUUAAUUUCCUCAGCCAGCAUCUUGUUCAAAAGCAUGGCAUUGCAUGUGUAAAAGCUGAACCUAAUGAAGGUAAAUGUGAAGAAGAGAUUCCGUCUGCUGGUGUGGAUGCUGGUGACAGCGACAAGGUCACUUUGAAGGAUGAUUUGGCAAGGAAACACAUUUUGUCCGCUAAUGAGGAUGUUUUAGAUGAAGAGACUGAUAAAACUCUAGAAUGGGGAAGUGACCCAGAGUCUGAUGGAGAAAUAGCUCAAGAUGAACUCUGUCGCUCUGCCUCUGUAGACCUACCAAUGAAAAAGCCCAAAAGCCCACUCAAACAGUCCUGCACUGGUCAGAAAGUCAAGACAAGUUUAACCAGUGGAAUACCAUCUGAGGUCAUGCCAGAGUCCUGGAGAAAUGACAGUAUGAAGAAUAAAUAUGACAUUGUGACAGUAUACACAGAGGAUCUUUCAACCUCACACUAUGGUCAUGUGGAUACAGUAGUCAAACCUAGCUAUAAUUUAGCGCAUAUCACAACUGAUAUAGUUGUGGGAGCUGGACGGUCCUCUCAGUCUGACGGUAGCACUUUUGGACAAAUGAUGCCAGGGGAUACAGCUAUUACUGUCAAUGUUUCUCUUGGUCAGCCGACUGCUGAAGUUGAUAAGCUGACCAUGAAAAUUUCCCCCAAAGUAGGUCAAGUAAAAUUAUUCAAGUCUGUGGAAGAUUUAGGGGACAUUGACACCAAACAGCCCAGAGAGAUAGAGCCAAAGAGCCUGGACAAGCUAUUAGAGUAUGGCUCCCAGGAGACUUCAAACAAAUUGAGCAAAACUGUAAGUCUAGAUGAUAAGUAUGCAGCCAGUGUGAAGGUGUCAGACAAUGUGCGCUUCGUGAAGAGUGACCGGUCCACUAGAGAUGACACAGAUCUUGCUUCAAUGUCAGAUUCCUCUGUGUCCAUUGCUGUUACUGCCAAUGAAACUUUAGUCAAAGAUGAUUCAAGCUCCGAGCAAUCUGUAUCUAUGGCUUCAAACAGGUGGAACUUGAGGGGAAUUAUGAGCAUGUUAAUGCCAGUCACUGUCCAGACCUUGGCAUCUCACACAAAGUCCUACAUAAACAGCUACCUGAGCACUAACAAGCCAUCAGAGAUUGAUGCUAUUGAAAUUCAGAAAAUUAUUGCAGAGAACCUGACAAAAGAAGACUAUUACAAUCUUAUUGGUAAAAGCAGAGACUCCUCUGUGGAUAACAGCAUUAACUUAGAAGGAUUAUCUCCACAGCCUGAUGACGCCAUAACAACCCAAGAUGAAUUCCUUAGUUUCUCAUCAGUAGCAAGACCUGGGGAUAUCGACAAACAGAGCUCUUUCUCUGUGGACAAACAGGGAUUAGGUCCUGAUGCCACGCCUCAGUUGUCUGAGCACAUCUUUUCCAUCACCCAGAUUCCUCCUGAGGUUUCAAACCCCACUAUAGAACCACUCCCACAUAUUGACUGUUCUGACUUGGACAUUCUUGAGAGACAUUUUCAGACAGUGCUUCUGGACAUUGUCACUAAAGGGUCAUCCCAGUUAAAGAAAAAUACUGAUGCAGUGAUCCGGAAGCCAAAAGCAGCCUCUAAACUGGUGAGCAGUGAUCAGCUGGUCAGUGAGCAUAGUAAAGGGAUGAAUUCACUAGGCAGUGAGUCAGGAUUAAAUAGUGAGGAGAAGGAGAACAGUUACUUACUCCAUGAUGCCAUGCUGUCACGACUUCAGAUGUCUCUUCCACUGCUAUCCAAGUCUCAAGGCAAACCAGAUGGGACUGCCCUCAGUGAUGAAGGCUCCUUGGAUAAUGCUUGCAGCUGGAGCUUUUCCAAAGAGUCUUUGAAUUCUAAAAGCUCAGCAGAUAAUCUGGGGAAAGAUUAUCAGAGGAUAGAACACGAUCAGUCCAUUGACACCACAGUUAGACAGAAAUCAGGCAUAAUCAAGAAGAAAAGCUCAGAGCCCUGUUCACCUCCUUUGAAUACUGAACUUCAGAAAUCUCUAGCUAACAGGCGGGAUGCUUUGAAAUGCCCUGAUGAGGAUGAAUGUCUAACUAAUUCUUCUCAAGAUGACAGCGAUCAUUGCUCACAUGCCAGUCUUGCUUCCAUGGACUCCAUCCACUCAACCAUUAUUUUGGGUCAUUGCAUUCCAUUACCUCAUGACCUAAAGAGAAAUUUAAAAGGAGAAUUCCUUACCAACAAAGGCAAAUAUAAGAGGCCCAUGCUAAGUUCCAGUGAACAAUCUGAACUUUUCAGAGAACUACCAUAUCAGGACUCAAACCUUUGUUCUAUUAUUGAACAUGAAGAUGAAAGUAUUUGUGAUUCCAAUGUGAGUAUUUCAGAAGACUCUUCACCAAGUAGAAACAGUUAUCUGCAUCAGCAAGCAGCUGUUAUUGUCAUUGAAGAUAAGGAUAUGAUGGACUUUCAUGACAUUUUUCUUCACAAUGACAUUUGUUUAACACCUGACAUCCAUGACAAAAAUAGAGCCAAUUUGAUAGAACAGCCUGAGUAUAAACAGAGAGGUUUGUUUGUGGAGCCAGUGAAUGACCAAGGAGAUGUUGAGGUUGACAGUGAAACACUGGACCCCAAAUUAAAUAAUGAAAUACAGAGAAGUGAUGAAGACGCUGAAGUGACUGCAGAGGAUGAGGAUCAGAAAGAACACAGUAUUGGGGACACUGAUGGCAUGUAUGGUUCAGCUAGUCUAGACAUGUCUCUUGAGGAACACUUGAAAGACUUUGGCUCUGGAGAUGACAAAGACUCUGAAGAUUUGUUCAAUGCUUGGGAUCAUGAUGAAGAGGAUGUUGUGGAGCCCCAUGAGAGUAUACCAGAAGAGGAAGUUUGGGAUGUUCAUACCUACAGAAGAGAUCAGAUGGCUUGUGACUUUCUACUGUGUACUAAUAAGAUUGAGUCAGUCAAGAGCUACUCAGAUGAUAUAGGUCAGAAGGAGCUAAUGAGAAGUACGCCUUUGACUGAUGUGUACAGGAACUUAGACUAUGAGUUAACAGUGACAGACCUAGCAUCAGAGAACGUAUGCAGGCUCAAGGAAACACAAGAGAAGAGAAAAAAGAGAGUGAGGUUUUCAGAAGUAGUUGAUGUUUGGUCUGGCUCUGAGCAGCUGAUGCAGGAGGAUGGAGAUGAAUACAAGAUGACACUGACACUAUACACUGACACAUUGAAUGACAGUGAUGGAGAUGUGACAGAUGACAGCACAGACUCGGUACGACCAGAAGUAGGAAACAUGUGGUAUGAAAGGGAGAAAACUCAAACAGAGGCGUAUGAGCCAGAAGCCUGUAAUAAGGUUUGCUCUGAACAGUUUAUUAACAGUCAUUAUGUCAGGGAUGAGACAGGCUUUUAUAAACAAUCUGGAGUUCAACAGAUGCUAGGCAUAACUAGAACUGAACUUGGGAAAAUCCAGAGCAAUCUUUAUGAGGCAGAGCCAUCAAUGCAUGAUGAAUUACUUGAAGUGAAUGCUAAAAAUGUAUCAUCAAGGCUAACUAAUAACUUUGAAGACGUUGAUAUUCUUGUUCACAUUCAGCCUUUACUUCCCACACCCAAUGACUUGACAACCCAUUUGACUUUACUGGAUGAAGAACUGUUAGCCAUACUUAACUGCCACCAUAAAUAUAUACCUCACUGCCAAGUUGAGGCACAUAUAAUGUCAAGUAUGGAUACUACUCAGAUUUUAACUAUUGAUGGAGAAGUUGAGACUUUGAAUGAUCCUGACUUUGAGUAUGAUCUUGAUAACACUAAAAAUGUGAAGUUUUCCACCAGAAACCAACCAGCAAUGUUUGCCACAAGCUAUGAUUUGUCACUAGAUAAUUGCAAUGUCUACAGUUCUAUUUUGUUGAUUAAAGCUGAAUCAGAAUCAAAGCUGAGCAGUUCAAGUUUAGGCCCAAUAACAAGUCAUGGCAAUGCUCCUGCUUCAUCUUUGCCUACAGUUAAGAAAAGAUUUUGCACAUGCAAAAAUGUGAUCUGUCUUGGGUGCCCCAAUUCUUCACACAGUAUCAAAGAAGAAGAUUUUUACUAUAAGCCAGUGAAAUUUACCAUGACACUGGAAGAUGCUUUGAAAUUCUAUCAAAAUAUUGAAGUCACUCAUUCUGAGGAGAAUGUAAAACAUAGAAAAUUUGAUAACCAUUUUGAAAGUACUAUUUCUAUUACUGAGGACACAGGAAAAGUAAAUACUGACAAUAAUAUGUGGAUCAAGUCAUACCAAAUUGAUAAGGGUGAUACCUCCAAUAGAACAUCUUUAAUAAAGCGUCACCAUGAUAUGUCAGCCUCUUCUUCAUGUAGAGAAUUUCUUUUAUAUACAUUUGAGCCUAUACCAGACCUUUGUCAUGAAAAAUCUUCUGAGCUUGUAAUAAACAAUUGUCACUCUACUGAACUAGCUAUGCUUUUUGGCCAUUUAGAUUGCAUAGAUGAAGUUGAUCCAGCACCUGAAGCUUUGGGAGAGGUUAAGACUGAUGAGACAGAAAUUGGUUUCCUGGAAAUGAGCAGUGUGGGCCCAGAUUAUCUUUCCAAUAAACAAAAUCAUCAAGCUUUGGAUCAGUCAGAAAACAACAAAGAUGAUGAUGUUGUGAAUGAUGGCCUGCACUCUAAAGAAGUAGUAAACACACAACCUCAAUCAUCCACUAAUUUCCAGAGUAUUGAUACACUGGAUAAUGUUUUACAAAAUACAUCCUACACCUUUGAGCCAGAUCUGCUUCAAAGCUCAAAGCCUAAAUUACAAGCCAUUAAACCAGAUCUGGCUCCAAACUCACAGUAUGAAUCAGUUGAAGCAGUUUUGGCUCCAAACUCACAGUAUGAAUCAGUGGAAGCAGUUUUGGCUCCACAGUAUGAAUCAAUGGAAGCAGUUUUGGCCCCACAGUAUGAAUCAGUUGAAGCAGUUUUGGCUCCAAACUCACAGUGUGAAUCAGUGGAAGCAGUUUUGGCUCCAAACUCACAGUAUGAAUCAGUGGAAGCAGUUUUUGCUCCAAACUCACAGUAUGAAUCAGUUGAAGCAGUUUUGGCUCCAAACUCACAGUGUGAAUCAGUGGAAGCAGUUUUGGCUCCAAACUCACAGUGUGAAUCAGUGGAAGCAGAUCUGGCUCUAAACUCACAGUAUGAAUCAGUGGAAGCAGUUCUGGUUCAGAAUACACAGUAUGAAUCAGUUGAAGCAGUUCUGGCUCCAAAUUCACAGUAUGAAUCAGUGGAAGCAGUUUUGGCUCCAAACUCACAUUAUGAAUCAGUGGAAACAGUUCUGGCUCCAAAUUCACAGUAUGAAUCAGUUGAAGCAGUUCUGGCUCCAAACUCACAGUAUGAAUCAGUUGAAGCAGUUCUGGCUCCAAACUCACAGCAUGAAUCAGGUGAAGCAGUUCUGGCUCAGAACUCAAUGUAUGAAUCAGGUGAAGUAGUUCUGGCUCAGAACUCAAUGUAUGAAUCAUUUGAAGUAGUUCUGGCUCAGAACUCAAUGUAUGAAUCAGUUGAAGCAGUUCUGGCUCCAAACUCAAAGCAUGAAUUACAGUCUCUUGAACUAGAGCUUCUCCAGAGUUCCAAGUCUGAAAACCAUAACAUAGAAGCAGCUCUGUCCAAAAGCUCAGUGCCUGAAUUACAAUUAAUUGAACAAGAUCUGUCUCAGAGCUCACAACUUAAUAGACAAUCAAAUGAACCAGAUCUGCCUCAGAACUCACAAUUAGCUUUACAAUCUAAUGAACAAGAUCUGCCUCAGAACUCACAAUUAGCUUUACAAUCUAAUGAACCAGAUCUGCCUCAGAACUCACAAUUAGCUUUACAAUCUAAUGAACCAGAUCUGCCUCAGAACUCACAAUUAGCUUUACAAUCAAAUGAACCAGAUCUGCCUCAGAACUCACAAUUUGCUUUACAAUCAAAUGAACCAGAUCUGCCUCAGAACUCACAAUUUGCUUUACAAUCAAAUGAACUAGAUCUGCCUCAGAACUCACAAUUUGCUUUACAAUCUAAUGAACCAGAUCUGCAUCAGAACUCACAAUUUGCUUUACAAUCUAAUGAACAAGAUCUGCCUCAGAACUCACAAUUAGCUUUACAAUCUAAUGAACCAGAUCUGCCUCAGAACUCACAAUUAGCUUUACAAUCAAAUGAACCAGAUCUGCCUCAGAACUCACAAUUUGCUUUACAAUCAAAUGAACCAGAUCUGCCUCAGAACUCACAAUUUGCUUUACAAUCAAAUGAACUAGAUCUGCCUCAGAACUCACAAUUUGCUUUACAAUCUAAUGAACCAGAUCUGCAUCAGAACUCACAAUUUGCUUUACAAUCUAAUGAACAAGAUCUGCCUCAGAACUCACAAUUAGCUUUACAAUCAAAUGAGCCAGAUCUGCCUCAGAACUCACAAUUUGCUUUACAAUCAAAUGAACUAGAUCUGCCUCAGAACUCACAAUUUGCUUUACAAUCUAAUGAACCAGAUCUGCCUCAGAACUCACAAUUUGCUUUACAAUCAAAUGAACCAGAUCUGCCUCAGAACUCACAAUUAGCUUUACAAUCAAAUGAACAAGAUCUGCCUGUGAACUCACAACUUAAAUUACAAUCAAAUGAACCAGAUCUACCCCAGAGCAUAAGCUAUGAGUACAAUACAGUUGAAGCAGAUUUGUCCCAGUGCUCAAAGUGUGAAUCUUUAUCUGAGAAGUAUGUGCUGUUUAUGCCAGCUUAUGUUGAAGCCAACUCAGAAGUUUCUCUCUGUAGUACAGAAGUGUCCUCUGAGCAAGCAGUUCUUGGCUCAACUCCUGACUCCACCUUUGCAGAGUUUUCCAGUGAUAGCAGCACCAACGGAACACUUUUAUUUUUUCCAACCCCUGGGGAUCACAAUGCCAACCAAGGUUCAGCCAAUCAGUUUGAUACAGACCACAUUGUUUGUGAUACCUCCAGUGAUGAAAGUUUAAAGUUAACCCAGUCUCUAGAUCAUUUCAGACUGGAUUAAUUUGCUGAGGAUCAUUCAUGUGUGAAUGAUGUUAAGAACUGUGAAGAUGGCAAGGCUUGCACAAUGUUGAGAAUACUAGACUUUCAUCUGACGUUGACAAAUACAAACAUUUCUUGUUCGAAUAGCCAAAACAUAGGUCAUUAUACUUGAGAGACAUGGGCUAACACAACCCAGUCUUGUAUAUUUGAUAAUUGACAUCUGUAGAACGCUAUACAACUGUUGCAUUCUAUCAUUUUUUGUUUUCUAGUUUGAACUGAUUACAUUAGAUGAAACUAAUGUCUUUAUUAUUCAAGCCAAUAAAUGUGGUCUUCAAAUAAACAAAAUGUCUACAGUUAAA